AUGAACGAGAAGGACCUUGAGCACAACGCUCCGGACGACAGUAGCAGCAAAGAUACCUCCCGGCGAGGAUCGUAUCAGGAAGCCACCAGCCAUGGAUCAGACCAGUCAAAAGCGCCAGUUACACCAAAAGCACCAGCACAGAAUACCUCCUCCACCACCCUAGAUUGGGACUCCGAAUCCGACCCCGACAAUCCUCAAAACUGGUCUGUUGGCCGAAAAUGGUAUCAAACGAUCAUGCCGGCAUCGAUUGCCUUGGUCGUAACACUCGGCUCCUCGAUCAUCACGCCUGCUCGCGAAGAAAUUCAAAUGGAAUUCUCCACGAAUUACACUCUCUCCCUCAUACCCUUCGUCGUCUACGUCCUAGGCGUGGGCUUCGGGCCCUUCAUCGCCUCCCCGAGCAGCGAAUACUUCGGACGAAGAGUCAUAUACCAAACUUCAAUAUUCACAUUUUCGCUUUUUGUGCUAGGAUGUGGAUUUAGUCCAAAUGUCGCCAGUCUCAUUAUCUGCAGAUUUCUGGCUGGAUUUUGUGGAAGUCCUGGACUGUCGAUUGGCACAGCGAGUAUUGCUGAUAUUUGGAUACCGAAGGACAGAGCGCUGCCGAUGACACUUUUUAUCACGACGCCAUUUUUGGGUCCAGCAAUUGCACCGAUGAUUGGAGCCUAUGCGACGCUUGGAAUGGGGUGGAGGUGGACGCAGUGGACAUUGCUGCUCUUCAGCACAGUCUGUCUUGCAGGUUCGGUCGGGAUGAAAGAGACGUACAAGUCUGUCGUCUUGCAAAAGAGGGCGAAGAAGAGGGGGAUUGCCAGUGGUGAGCCUGAUCUCGCCUAUGCACAGAGGGUCAAGAGGUUUGUGCAGGGACAGCUGAAGAGACCGGUACACAUGCUGUUGGUUGAGCCUGUGGUGGCGCUGUUGACACUGUACGUGGGGUGCAAUUUUGGCGUACUGUACGGCUUCUUCACGAGUUUUCCAUAUAUUUUCCCCAAGGUGUACGGUUUCGGUAUAGGAGGAACUGGUCUCAUGUUCCUGAGCAUUGGCGUGGGCUGCUUAUGUGCUGCUCUUCUUCUGAUCAUCUGGGCACGUACGGUAACGCCUAGGCUGAUGAAGAAGCAUCAAGGCAAGCCACCGAUAGAGCACAGGCUUUUCUAUGCCAUGAUUGGCUCCAUUGCACUGCCAAUUUCAUUAUUCUGGUUCGGUUGGACAGCCAACUUUGGAGUACACUGGAUCUGUCCCGUCAUCGCAGCAACGUUGUAUGGAUUCGGUAACAUGCUGGUGCUCAUGUCUGCCAACCUCUACAUUGUCGACUUCUAUGGGGCAAGAUUUGGAGCCAGCGCAGCAGUAGCAAACAACUUUACGCGCUAUGCUUUUGGCUUCGCAUUCCCUCUAUUCACUGUACAAAUGUACGAGAAAUUGGGGAUUGGUUGGGCAACGAGUCUCUUAGGGUUUGUCCAAUUAGGGCUGACCGCAAUUCCCUGGGCAUUUUAUGUGUACGGACCACGCUUGAGAGCAAGAAGUCAGUAUGUGCAGGGAGGAGGUUCAUGA